GAAAUAUUUGCAGACGACAGCGAACCUGGCUGGAUGUAUAAUGCUGACUUGUUAUAAAAAGUCAAGGCUCUACCAAGGCCUUCACCAUGGACCCCCGAAGCACUGCCCAGGAUGUGGUGCGUUGUGAUGUGUGUGAUACUCCUGUCCCCCCACUACACUGUGACUUCUGUCAGACCAAUCUCUGCAAAACUUGUGUUGGGGACCAUAUGUUGGACAUAUCUAAAAAACAUCAGGUGGUACUGUUCCAAGACCGAAGAUCUACUAUUAUUUCUCCUAACUGCCAAACACAUUCUCUCAAACAAUGUGAACUUCAUUGUGAACAAUGUGACAUUCCUAUUUGUGCCCUUUGUGUUUCCUCUGAAAGUCAUGAAAACCACAAAAAAAUGGACAUUAUAAGUUAUUUUGAAACAAAAAAACAUGAUUUACAAACAGAUUUACAAGAAUUAGGUAAAACAGUUAUUGCAAAAUAUCAAGAGAUUGUAAACAACAUCACAGCUCAGAAAACUGAUCUAAGUAAAAACUCCAAGAAAUUGACAACCGAAAUAGACAAACAUGGAGAAGUCUGGCACAGAGAAAUAAACACCAUUAUACAGAAACUGAAAUCUGAUCUUGAUGAAAUGGACACCAAACACCUGGCUGUCUUAAACAAACAGGAAGAUGAAAUCACACACACCAUUUCUGAAAUCACACAGAGCAUUGCUGAUCUGAAAAAGUUACUGGACUCCAAUGAUGUCAGCCGUGUCGCUGCCUACAAAUCCAGGAUUGCUGAAUUCAGAAGAUUGCCUCCUAAACUCACAGUUUCUCUACCAAACUUCACCCCUCAGAAAAUUAACUCAGAACAACUUUACCAACAAUUUGGUUCCCUGUCAACAUUCUCCAUUACAACAGAGGAACAUGGCUACACCAUGGAAACCUCAGAAGCUGGAUCCUCUCCUCUCACACCACUGCUUGAUGAGCCACGGAUCAUCUCCACCAUACAGACACAGUAUGAAUUCUAUCCUAAUUAUCUAACCGGUGUUACUUGUCAUAGUGAUGAAGAAAUCUGGGCGUGUAGUUAUAAUAAUAAGAUGAUGAGUCUCUACAACCUGCAGAGAGAACUAGUAAAGUCAGUCCAAACCAAGUCAGGGUACAAUCCACAGGACAUAGCAGUGACAAGGAGUGGGGAUCUAGUUUAUACUGAUUACUGGGAUAGAACUGUGAACAUAGUGAAGAAUACACAGAUACAGACAGUGAUCAGACUACGGGGGUGGAGACCUCACAGUGUCUGUAGUACCUCCUCUGGUGACCUCCUGGUUGUCAUGAACAGUGAUGAUGAUAAACCAACAAAAGUUGUGUGUUACUCUGGCUCCACAGAGAAACAAAGUAUUCAGUACGACGACAAAGGACAACCUCUCUAUUCAUCUGGUAACACUAAAUACAUCAGUGAGAACAGGAACCUAGAUAUCUGUGUGUCAGACAGUGACGCCCAUGCAGUAGUGGUGGUCAAUCAGGCCGGGAAACUCCGGUUUACCUACACUGGUCCUCCCUCUACUACCAAGGGAUCAUUCUAUCCACUCGGCAUCACAACAGACAGCCAGGGUCGGAUCCUGACAGCAGAAUGUGACAACCACCGUAUCCACAUCCUGGAUCAGGACGGACAGUUCCUCCGCUACAUUGACAACUGUCAUUUAGAGUAUCCACAGGGUUUAUGUGUGGACACCAGAGACAACCUCUUUGUGGCCGAGUUACAAGGUAAAGUGAAGAAAAUACAAUAUCUGAUGUAAACAUACUGUGUGUGUAUUAUAUGUAAAUAUACUGUGUGUGUAUUAUAUGUAAACAAACUGUGUGUGUGUAUUAUAUGUAAACAUACUGUGUGUGCGUAUUAUAUGUAAACAAACUGUGUUGAUAUUAUAUAUAUUAUAUUGCAAGUACAAGUAUAAACCAAUUAACAUGCAAUCCACCUGUGAUUUUCUGACUAUAAUUAUAUAUUUGUUGCAUGUAAACAAACAGACAGUUGAUAUGAUGUUUUACAUGAAAAGAAUACACAUUUGGAUAGGUCUAUAAAAACUGCAUUAAUUUUUGUAUUGAUUGAUAUAAUUCACUGCAUGAGGAGCAUAGUUACAUUACAAUUAAUUGUAUAUACAUGUUAUUAAUUACCAUGUACAUGUAAUAAAUAAUAAGUAUCUGAAUAUGAAGUGGUUUUUUAACCACACAGAUCAAGGUUUUUUUUUAGUUUAGAUAUUAUCAUAGCUAUCUUGGUAUAUUGUUUGAUUGAAAUGUAAUGAGGAAGUGUACCGUUUUCUCCAGUAAAACAAUAUUUCCAGUAGGUGAGGAUAAUUACAUACUUUGUAUAUUUUGAUUAUUAUGUAAACACAUAUAGUGUGUACUUGCUGUUAGGUUUAACUGGUAUAUGUGACUUGUUUUAAUAUGUAUAAAUAAACACACUGAUAGAAUGAAUAAAUUUAUUAAAUUACA